CAGCCGAUGAUAGGUGGUCACGUGGUACCCCGACGUCACGCUCCAGCGCAGGUCCUUGCAGCUGACAGCAAGAGAAGGCUGUGGAGGAGACACGUAAGGCUACACUGUCCUCUGCUCUCCUGCUUCACGCUGCAUAAAUUCAGUGAGAGACUCUCACGGUAACGCCUAAGAAAGAGAGCGCCGCCAUUUUGUUGGGGCCUCAGCUGGUAUGGUGCGGCAGUGGUGCAGUCACGUGAUUCUGCGCGCUGUCCCUUGGUUUCCUGUCACAUGAUCAGAUGUAGGACCUUAGUGUCUCCUGAAAGAGAAGGAUCGGAUCGGCUCCUCAUGGCCUGUGUUAUGGGUCUAUAAGAACUUGAAUUCAUUCCAUGACCAAUCAAGUCAGGAUGGAUGAAAAGAUAUUAAGUCUGACACUGGAGAUCAUCUAUCUGUUGACUGGAGAGGACUAUGGACCUUUAAAGAAGUUUGGUCAUCACAAUACUCCCAGUUGCCAUCAGGUCUUAGAAAGAAUAGGCAAGACUCAGGGUCCCACCAUGGUACCAUCACCUUUCUUUCUGCUACAUGAGAGGAGUAAUGAUCAAAAGAUCCUGGACCUCACCAACCAGAUCAUUCAUCUUCUAACUGGAGAGGUUCCUAUAAGAUAUGAGGACAUCAUUGUCUGUUUCUCUAUGGAGGAGUGGAAGUAUUUAGAAGGACACAAGGAUCUGUACAAGGAGGUCAUCAUGGAAAAUCCCCAAACUUUGACCUUGUUAGACAGGUCUAAUAACAGAAAUACACCAGAGAGAUGUUCCUGCUCAUUGCAGACUUCACCAGCUGAAAACCACAGUGUUUCACAGGAUGAUCAUAAUGAUUUCCCGGUUGUUAUUAAAUCUGAGAUUAUAGCGGAAGAGCAAGAGGUGUAUGACUGGGGUGGGCAGCAGUUCAAAUUGGAGGAAUAUCUUACAGAUGUCGCCCCAGAUGGAAACAGCAGGGACAUCCCCGAUGUAUGUUCAGAUUUACAUAAUAGUUGUGAAAUAGGAGAAAAAGACAUUGUACAACAUAUCCCACCUGAAAAGUAUGCUAGCCCAAAUCUACAUCUUGUACUUUACCAGGAACAAAGAACUUCCACUGAACAAGGAGGAUAUUCUUCUGGUAAACCAGAGCUUGAAACGCACAUUUCAUCUAAGGAAGAUAAAACAUUUUCAUGUUUGGAUUGUGGGAAACGUUUUUCCCAUAAAUCAUCUCUUGCUGAUCACCAGAAGAUUCAUACAGGAGAGAAGCCAUUCUCAUGUCUCCAAUGCGGGAAGUGUUUUACACGAAGGUGGACGCUGGCUGAACACAAGAAAACUCAUGAGGGGCUAAAGCCAUUUAAUUGCCCUGACUGUGGUAAAUCUUUCUCAGUAAAAUCGUCUCUGACUGAACAUCAGAGAAUACAUACAGGAGAAAAGCCAUUUUCAUGUUCAUACUGUGGGAAAUGUUUUUCACAUAAAUCAACGCUAAAUCAGCAUCAGAGGAUCCACACUGGGGAGAAGCCAUUCCCAUGUUUGGAGUGCGGGAAAUCCUUUACACAUAAAUCAGCCCUUGUGGAGCAUCAGAGAAUUCACACAGGAGUGAAGCCAUUUAAGUGUCUUGAUUGUGGGAAGUGCUUUGCCUAUAAAUCAGGACUUGUUGAGCAUCAGAGGAACCACACAGGGAGCAAACCGUAUUCAUGUUCUGAAUGUGGAAAAUGCUUUACCUUUAAGUCAACAUUCAUUAGCCAUCAAAGAAUCCACACUGGUGAGAAACCAUUUUCAUGUGUAGAGUGUGGAAAACGUUUCCGACAACGAUCAAACCUUGUUGACCAUCGCCGAAGGCACACUGGGGAGAAGCUUUUCUCCUGUUCUGAAUGCGGUAAGGGAUUCUCAAAAAGGUCAAGUCUUACAGAACAUCAGAGAAUGCACACUGGAGAACGUCCAUUUUCAUGUUCUGAAUGUGAUAAAACUUUCAGCCACAAAUCUACUCUUUAUGAACACAAGAUGAGUCACACUGGUCAGAUGUUCCCUUGUUCAGAAUGUGACAAAACUUUCACCAACAAAUCGGGUCUCUUACGACACUGGAGAACCCACACCGAUUAUAAACCAUUUCCAUGUUCUGACUGCGGUAAAUGUUUCAAACUAAAGUCAGAUCUUGCUAGGCAUCAAAAAAUCCACUCAAAUGAGAAAUCCUUUCUUUGUACAGAAUGUGGAGAAUGUUUCACAGAGAAAUCUGCUCUUUUCCAACAUCAGCUAUUUCAUAGAAUCAAGAACCCUGUUACAUGUACGGAGUGUGGGAAAUGUUUUGCAGCUAGCUCAAAUCUUGCUAAACACCGGAGGGUACACACAGGGGAAAAGCCCUUUUCCUGUUCGGAAUGUGGUCGAUGUUUUACAAAUAAAUCAAACCUUGUGACACAUUUCAGAAUCCACACUGGUGAGCAGCCAUUUCAGUGUACUGAAUGUGGGAGACGUUUCAAACAAAAGAAGAAUCUAGUUAAACAUCAGGCAACUCACAGUAAUAUAGUUUCAAUGACAUUACGGUAGCAAACCUUUACUCUUAAAGGAGUGCUCCGGUGCUGUAAAAAUUUAAAAAACUUAACUUAUUCUACCUACCUAUAAUGUCCACACCGCUUGAAUAAAUGUAAAAUAUAUGCUUUAUUAAAAAUGUAAUAAAAACAGCUCUCAAAAUCUGGAUAAAUAAGGAUCUUUGAUGUAGAACAAUAACAGAGGAGCGUUGCAUUCUCAAUAAUAUCCUGGCAGCACUCAUGUUUAAAUUGCACAAAUCUUCCCAAUAAAUAUAUCUAGCCCCUUAAGGACAUUUUUGCGCUCUCUUUUUUUCCUUCUCACUUCUACACACACUAAAAAUCCUAACGCUUCCAGUUUUCCACCUACAGACCUAUAUGAGGGCUUGUUUUAUGCGCUACCAAUUUGAUCGUGCAGUUUAACGUUAUAUUUUUAUAUUUUGGACAUUUACGCAUGCGGCGAUACCACAUAUGUUUAUCUUUUUUUUUUAUGGAAAAAGGGGGGUGAUUCAAACUUUUAUUAGGGAAGGGGUCAAUUCACAUUUAUUAACACUUUUUUUUAAAACUUUUUUUAAACCAUUUUUUUGUCCCCAUGGGAAUAAUACAUGCAAUCUUCUGUUUGCAUACACUGUUCAAUGCUAUGCCAUAGCAUAGUAUUGAUCAGUGUUAUCAGCGCUUUGCUGCUCCAGCCUGCUAAGCAGGCAUAGAGCAGCAGAUCACUGAUCGGACGGCGAGGAGGCAGGUAGGGACCCCUUCCCACUGUCCUUUCAGCUGUUCGGGACGCUGCAAUUUCACUGUGGCGGUGCCGAACAGCCCGACUGAGCUGCCGGGAACGGUUUACUUUGAUCAAUGCGUGUAAAGGGUUAAUGCCGGGCAUCACCGCAAUCUGUUAUGUCCGGCAAUAGACACAGGUCCCGGCUGUUGAUAGCCGUCUGGUCCGACCCGCUAUGACGCAAGGUCAGCUCGUGACCCCACAUCAUAGCGGGCGCAGGGCGUACAGGUAUGCCCUGUGUCCUGAAGAGGCUAGAGAUUCCAAAUUCCUAAACAGUAAUUGUAACAGUAGCCCCUUGAGAAAGUGGUAACGAAAUGGUGUAGGGGUACAGAGGAGCGCUCAGAUGGGUAAGCACCCAGGCACCUUAUAAUAUCUGUAUGCACUUUCUAUUAAAGGAAAAGUGUCAUGAAAUUUAUUUUUAUUAUUAUAUUUGUCAUAACAUUUUAACAUAAAUGUAAAUACUAUUUUGUUAGUGUCAUAGUUCUGUAUUUUUUUAAAUUAAUAAAUACUUCUACUGGGGGCUGCAAUGUCGAACAGCAUCUGUGCUAGCGUCACUGCACAACACAGGCACAGAUGCUUUGUGGCAGACACUGCACAUAGGACAAAAUGAACGAGGUCCCUCUAGCAUUGACCCUUCAAGAGAUAUAUAGUCCAGGACAGGCAUUCAUUAUUUGAGUAUUGUAAUACUGUGCUGUCUCUGUUAUAAUUACUGUUUAGGAACUUGGUAUCUCUAGAUAUUUAUUGGGAAGAUUUGUGCAAUAUAAACAUAAGGGCUCGCAGGAUAAUAUUAAUGAGAAUGCAACGCUCCUCUGUUAUUGCUUGGUCUACAUCAUAGUUCCUUAUUUAUCCAGAUAUUGAUAGCUGUUUUUAUUACAUUUUUCAAUAAAGUAUAUAUUUUACAUUAUUUUUUUUUGUCACACUUUGUUGCCACUGAGCUUCUAAAACCAUGCUAAAUAGUAGGUUGUUCAAUCAUUAUUACUAUUGCAUUGCAGCAUUGGAUUCCUGGAUCAGAUCUGACAUGGGUCAAAAUCUACAUGAAUUUUUUUUUUCUGUGUAUGGUUUCCCUUCAGGCACCUUAUGAAACCUCCCCUGCCGUGUGUAUGAAAGAUAUGGGACUUAGAUUUUGAGCCCUGCCCGGGACAGAGACUGAUGUGAUUAUAACCUGUAUAGUGCUACAAAAACAUUAACACUAUUUAAAGGGGUACUCCGGUGGAAAACAUUUAUAUAUAUAUUUUUUAAAUCAUUUUCAUUUUCUGUAAAAUCUGUAUGUAGUAUAUUUAUUGUUUAUUUCAAGUAAAAUUGAUUUUAUUGCAUUUCUAAACCCAAUUGGUGUCUCUCCGAGUGUUUGUGGUAUUAUACGAUAUUUCCACCAAGGGUUAACUACAUCAGAGUGACUGUGGGUGUCACUAUAUCAAAACUCAACAUUGUUUAUUUCUGGAGUUCUUUUCUGUCUGACCACAGUGCUCUCUGCUGACACCUCUGUCCAUGUCAGGAACUGUCCAGAGCAGGAACAAUUCCCCAUAGCAAACCUCGCCUGCUCUGGACAGUUCCUGACAUGGACAGAGGUGUCAGCAGAGAGCACUGUGGACAGACAGAAAAGAAAUAAAAAAAAUAAAAGAACUUUCUCUGUAUUAUACAGCAGUUAAGUACUGGAAGGAUUAAGAUUUUUUAAUAGCAGUAAGUUACAAAUCUGUUUAACUUUCUGGCACCAGUUGAUGUACAAAAAAAAAAAUAUAUAAAGUUUUCCACCGGAGUACCCCUUUUAAGCUAUGGAAAAUACAGAAGUGCAAAACAUUUAAUCUUUCUGAAUUUUAGUAGUCACCAAAUACGCAUAAAAAAAAAUAUACGUGCUCUGUAACUGAGCAUGUGAAAAAGAAAUGCUGUAUACUAGGGAUGUAAGAAAAAAUCGAUUCUCGCGAUAAUCGCGAUUUUUCAUUUGCCGAUACAGAAUCGAUUCAAAAUAUUUUUGAAUCGAUUCUUUUAGGGAUGUGGAAUUUUUAUCUGCGGACGCCCGGAACAGCAUGUCAUGUCCUGGGCAUCAGGAGAUAAAAGUUCCACAUUUGUGGAGCCGGGCAGGCCGGAUCUGACACGGCUAUGGAGCGGGCUCCGACUCGUGCCCACUCCGUACUAUGCGACCCCCGGCUGAUUUCAGUAGCCGGGGGCCGCCGCUAAUAGCCAGCAUGCGGCAAUCGCCGCAGCUGGCUAUUAAAGGAGUAUCCGGUGCGCACUUUUCUCAUUUUAUCCUAUCCAGGCUGCAAAAUAAAACGCACUUUAUCUUACCUGCCAACGAGCCCCCGGAGCUCCGGUACAGG